UUGGCCUGCCCAGGCCUUGGAAGUCAGAAUGCUGCUCCUCUGCCACAUUCUGGCUGUGACCAUCCUUGAGAUCCUGGUCCUCUCGGAAAACUGGGCAUUUGCCAAGAACAUCAACUUCUACAACGUGAGGCCCCCUCUUGACCCCACACCAUUUCCAAAUAGUUUCAAGUGUUUCACUUGCGAAAAUGCAGGGGAUAAUUAUAAUUGCAACCGAUGGGCAGAGGACAAGUGGUGUCCGCAGGACACACAAUAUUGCUUGACAGUUCAUCACUUCACCAGCCACGGAAGAAGUAUAUCCAUCACUAAAAAGUGUGCCUCUAAAAACGAAUGCCAUUUUGUUGGCUGCCGCCACAGCCGAGAUUCGGAGCACACGGAGUGCAGGUCUUGCUGUGAAGGGAUGAUCUGCAACGUAGAGCUGCCCACCAACCACACGAAUGCGGUCUUUGCUGUAAUGCAUGCGCAGAGGACAUCUGGUGGCAGUGUCCCCACACCCUACCUCCCGGUGCUGGCCUGGAUCUUCAUGCUUCCCUUGCUAUGAGGGUGCUGUUG